AUGCAUGAAGCUGGGCGCCUCGGCCAUGGCCGUAGCACUGUAUUGGGUGAGGCCGGGCCAUACCUAAUCCGCUCUCCUUUCUUACAUUUCUCUUCCCCGUGGGUCGGAGAAGGUCAUAGUCAAAACUCGAACUGCUACCAUCUGAUCCUUACCGGCCUAAAAUUCGUCUCUCUGCUUCCCAUCUCUCUGCAUGACCCUUCUUUCUCUCAAUCUCUUCCAAUGAGAUUCCAACUCUCUCCUCUCUCCCUUCUCCUUUUUCACAUUUUCAUCUUCACCUCUCCUUUUAUUGUUUCAGCUCAAUGCCACGAAGAUCAGAAAAAUGCAUUACUACAAAUCUUCUCCAGUUACUCGGCCCUCCCAUCUUGGACAUCCAACAAAUCCGAUUGCUGCCUAUGGGAUGGCAUCACGUGCGACAACGCCACCGGUCUCGUUAUCUCCCUCGAUGUCGCCAACCGCUCCAUCUCCGGCUCCAUCAAUUCCUCCAUCCUCGCCAGCCUCUCUAGCCUCCAAAGUCUCAAUCUCUCUUACAAUUAUUUCAAUUCUUCCAUCCCACCCAAUCUCGAUUCGCUCUCGAAUCUCACCCAUCUCAACCUCUCCUAUUCAGGUUUUACCGGCCAAAUCCCGUGCGCGAUUGCUCACAUGCGUAAUCUGGUCUCGCUCGAUAUAUCUACCUUUUUUCUCGGCAACCAUCGUACUUCUCUCAAAUUAAAAGAUCCAAGCAUCGAAAAGCUCCUUCGGAACUUGUCGGGAUUGACAAAACUCCAUCUCGAUGGUGUAAACAUCUCUUCUGCAGUGCCCGAGUUCCUGUCGGGUUUUACUAAUUUGACAUGCCUCCGUCUCAGUUCUUGCCGGCUGCAGGGAAAUUUUCCAGCAAAGAUAUUUCAAUUGCCCAAGUUGGAGUUUCUUGAUGUAUCAGGGAAUCCAUUUCUCAAUGGUUCUUUCCCUGAAUUUCCUCGGGAAAAUGCUUUACAAACAUUGGUACUCACAGGAUCCAGAUUUUCAGGGGAGCUUCCACACUCCUUCGGUAAUCUCACGCGCUUGAACAAAUUACAGAUUGGUGGUUGCGAAUUCUUUGGUCAAAUCCCGUAUUCUGUGGAGAAUAUUAGGGGAAUUGUUCACUUGGACCUUUCAUCGAAUGGAUUUAACGGUUCAAUUCCGAGUCUGGAAAACCUUUCCAAUCUCACGUAUUUGGACCUUUCAAUGAACAAUUUCAGUGGCACGAUCCCAUCCCUGGAGAGUCUUACGGAGCUGGUUCUGCUGGACGUUUCAUGGAAUGCUUUCAGCGGUCCAAUUCCACCUCUGAAAUCGUUGAAGAGCGUCGCGGAGAUAGUCCUUUCUUCUAAUAAUUUAACUGGCACAAUCCCCAACUCCUUUGGAGAUGGACUUCACAAGCUAAAAUUGCUUGACCUACGGAGCAAUUCCCUGCAUGGGCAGAUACCCUCAUCUCUGUUUACUCUCCCAUCGCUGCAGGCAUUACAACUCCGCCAAAACCAACUCGCUGGGCAACUCGAUGAGUUCACUAAUGCUUCACGAACAUUGCAGACGGUUGAUUUGAGCGACAAUCAGCUGCAAGGUCAGAUUCCACAUUCACUCUUCGAUCUCGUGGGGCUUAAGGUACUCGAUCUCUCAUCCAACAACUUCAAUGGCACCGUGCAGCUAGCCAUGCUCCAGAACCUCAAGAACCUCUCGGGCCUCGAUCUUUCAGAUAACUACUUGUCAGUCAACACUCAUGGGACUAAUCAUUCCUUUCCCCAGCUUGGGAGAUUGUAUUUGGGUUCUUGCAACCUAACAGAAUUCCCAGAAUUCUUGAAAAACCAAUCGAAGAUGCAGUUCCUGGACCUUUCGAAGAACAACAUCUACCGAGAAAUACCCAGGUGGUUGUGGGAGAUUGGAAAUGGGUAUUUGACUUCUCUGAAUCUUUCUCAUAAUUUGCUGAUGAGUCUCGAGCAACCUGGCAAUCUAUCAUCGAUCAAAAUGUUGGUCAUCCUCGACCUUCAUUCCAAUCGGCUACAAGGAUCGAUUCCGCUUCCACCUCCAUCUAUCAUCGUCCAGGAUUACUCCCACAACAGCUUCACAUCGGUCAUCCUAUCUAACUUCAACUCCCUCAAGUACACCGUUUUCUUUUCAAUCGCAGGCAACAAGAUCGUCGGUGAAAUCCCUCCAUCUAUCUGCAAUGCAACUUAUCUGCAGGUCCUUGAUCUGUCUAAUAACAACUUGAACGGCUCAAUUCCAGAAUGUUUGAUUGAGAUUAGCAACGUGCUCAGCAUACUGAAUCUUCGGAACAAUCGCUUUACGGGCAUAAUACCUGAGAUUUCAGGAGUGAGCUGCAGUCUAAGGACGCUAGACCUACAUGGAAAUCGACUACAAGGGCAGUUGCCAAGAUCUUUGGCCAAAUGUACAGAUCUAGAGGUUCUUGACGUUGGAAACAAUCAAAUAAAUGGCCCUUUUCCUUGUUAUUUGGAUACUCUAUCCAAAUUGAGGGUUCUUGUUUUGCGAUCCAACAGAUUCAAUGGUUCUAUUCCGUGGCCGUAUAAUCAGUCCUUCCCAAUGCUACAAAUCAUCGACCUCUCUUCAAAUCUUUUUUCUGGUAAUUUGCCUCAGGGCUGCUUCCAAAAUUGGAAUGCAAUGAUGUCUGGGGAGAAGGAUGAAGACCAGGACCAUGAGGUCAUCAGAUAUGGAUUCCUGAAUCUAAGCAAUCUGUACUACCAGGACACCGUGAUGGUCACAAGCAAAGGGCUAGAUAUGGAACUCGUGAAGAUCUUGACCAUCUUUACAUCCAUAGAUCUCUCGAACAACCAUUUUGAAGGCGAGAUUCCGAAUGUAAUAGGAGAUCUCAAGUUGCUCCACAUACUUAACCUGUCGCGCAAUGGGCUUACGGGCCCAAUUCCAGCGUCGCUUGGGAACUUGAGAAUGCUCGAGUCGUUAGAUCUCUCUCAAAACAAUCUCUCAGGGGUGAUUCCUCAGCAACUGUCAAGACUGACAUUUCUCUCGGUGUUGGACCUCUCACAUAACCGACUUGUCGGAAGCAUACCACUUGCCAAUCAAUUCCUUACAUUUACCAAUGAUAGCUUCAUUGGAAACUUAGGAUUGUGUGGGCCGCCAUUGUCAAGAAAAUGUGCUCCUCCCAGCGCACCACCGCCCAUGGUAGUCAAAGCUGCAGACUCAUCAGCAAGCAGAUUCGAUUGGCAACUCAUAUUCAUAGGAUUGGGAUUCGGAGGAGGAUUGGGAAUGUUUGCCGGUCCACUUGUGUUCUGGACGAAAGGGAGGAGAUGGUACAACAAACACAUUGAUCGAGUUGUGUUAAUGAUUUUCCCAUCAGGAGUGUUUGAUCAUCUUAAUUGUGAUGAGCCGAGGAUAGAGGCAGAGGAGCAAGUCGAUCAAGAUUGUACAGAAAACACAACGGAUUCAGAUGGAGAGGAAGAAAAGUGCCAUCAACGAUUCUGCGUGUUCUGUACACAAGUAGAUGCAAGGUGGGAAAGGGCCAUACAUAAGGAAUGUUCUUGCUUGGAUAUUUCACCGCCGUUUUCUUCUCCACAGAGCCGGAUACCUGAAGCAACACCUGAUUGAAAGAGAAAUCAGGACCUUGUAGUUUUGAUUGAGCUUUUGUAUAUUGACAGAAAUGAGAAAGGGAACUAUUUUUUC